GCUGGAAUUCUUGUCAUGGGAGUGGGAAUUUUCACUAGUGGAACAUUUAUGCGCAAGUUUAGGCCUAGUGCUCGCGCGGUGGCGUGCUGGAUUGCCUUAGCAACCCUUGCCUAUUCUGUUGGAAUGGUUCUUCUUAUGUUCAUAGGUUGUCCCCUUAACAUACAGAUCGAUAUGAACGAGACUGGAGACGUGCUGCCAUCUACCGUAUCGAAAUGUAACGAAACUUGUAACUGUCGUUUGGGUGUGUUUGCACCGGUUUGUGGUGGUGACGGAGUGACAUAUUUAUCCCCAUGCCAAGCUGGCUGCACUGGAGUGCCUACUGACUUUGGCGGGGAGUACGUGUACAGCGACUGUCAGUGUCUGGGGAAAAACAUGACUGCCACCAAUGGUUACUGUCCAUUACAGUGUGACAGACUUCUGUGGUAUACAAUCAUCUUCUCCCUUUUCAUUCUGAUCCACUCAACAUCUGAGGUUGGUUCCAUGUUGUUAACACUGAG